AUGGCGACAAGCGACGCAUGGACCAAGUGGGCUUUUCUGGCGCUGGCAGUCAUCACGCUGGUGCACUUGCUGCUCGAGGCGAGGGGCGUAUCAUGGACUGCGCAGACAGUCCACGCGACCUACGUCCGAUCGGGCGUUGCGCCCCACGGAAUCCUUGCCGCCGCCGACAUUGACGCGCUCCACGCCGCGCACGACGCCGAGCUCUUGCGUUUGAUCGAGUUGAACGUUUAUUGCCGCAAAGAAGACGACGUGCUCAUUCCAUGGCACGCGCGCAGUGCGCGCGACUUACUUCGGCGCGACAGUCCGCACAGCGCGAUCUUGGCCGAGCUGCGCAAGUGCCCUGCGGUCGAUAUUUACCUCAACACGGGGGUCCGAGACCACGGGUAUUGCGAAGACGCCAUGGUGUACACGCUGCAUCUGCAGUCGCGCGCGAUUCCGAAAUGGGUCCUUGAAACCACGUUCAUCGAUGAGAACGGUGCAGGAUCCACGUACUUUGAGCUCUGCCCGCGCUCGGCAAUUCUCUUUAUGAACCACUAUUGGGAAGGCGUCCAUGAGAUGCCGUUCUUUCCGUCGACCAAGAAGAUCGUGCUCAUGCCCAACGUCGAGAUGGGCGAGUUGACGCCGGCGCACUACCACCGUGUUGACAUUGUCUUGGCCAAGUCGCGCGACGCGUUCAACCGCAUCUGGGCGUACAACCAAGACAACAACAACCCGCGCGGCGCCAAGGUGCUCUAUACCCAGCACACGACGAGCGACGCGACGGUCUUGAUGCGCAACGCGACCACGCACAUGACGCCCAAGGACUUUGGGCAGCUCAGCGUCGUCCACGCCAACGGCAAGAGCCCGUUCAAGAACGCGGGGCGAAUGCUCAACUGCUGGAAAGACCACCCCGAGUUCCCGGUGCUGCAUCAGUACUCGAGCGACGAUUGGUCCAACGGCACGUUCAACGACCUUUGGCACGGCAGCCCGCCGCCGAACGUCGACUUUCACUUUGGACAAUAUGUCUCGUCGAUGGGGUUUGCAAGCAUUCUGCACGACGCGACCAUCAUUGUGUGCCCCAGCGCGAUGGAAGGAUUCGGCCAUUACAUCAACCAAGCACGAGCGGCCGGCGCCCUCGUCGUGACCACCGAUGCGCCGCCCAUGGACGAGUUCGUCGACGACGACUCGGGUGUCCUUAUCCACGGCAUCACGCCGUGGGCAGACAAGGCCACGAUGGGCCAAAACAUCGUCUUUGAGGUGCCGAUUCGCGCCAUUUGCGAAGCCAUUGAAGACAUUAUGGCCAUGGAUCCCCGCGAGCGGGCGCGCCGGGCUGGCAACGGUGUUCGCCGGUACUUCAAGCAGCUUCAGUUUUUUAAACAGAGUAUGCAGACGCUUCAGGCCAUGGUGCAACUAAACUAA